AUGAUGGCAAAGUGCAUUGUUCGACCGAGGUGUACGCGAGAUAGUCGAGUGCGUUUCCAUGGAGCCUCAAAUGGCGUCUUCACUGAACGUGCGGGCCCCUGCAUUUCUUCCAUUCAUUUCGUUCUCUCGCCAUUGUCAUCCAAGAUGUUCUCAAGUUUCAUUUUGCAAGAAGUGGUGUUCUGCAGCGUCCUGCCAAUCAGAACAGGACAAAUACUUAAGGGAGAGAAGAAGCGUUGUACGGGACGUUCUUCAAUGUGCGGUCAUCGCGCCAUCGAUGAGAUGCUUCUUCAGCUGGUCCAACUUCAAUCCGCAGAAAAGGAGAUCAUCGCUGAGCUAAAUGCGUGCCUGCCAGCGAAGAGACAAUGA